AUGCUAAGUAGUGGGGAAAAAAUCUUUAUGGCUGUGGCAACCAGUGAGUUUUUAUUGGGCAUUCUGGUAAAUGGAUUCAUAGUUUUCGUGAAUUGCAUUGACAGCAUCAACAGCAAGAAAUUGUCACCAGGUGAUCUCAUCCUGGUCAACUUGGCCAUCUCCAGAAUUGGACUGUCAUGUGCAAAAACAUGGAAUAGUUAUUUAAUUGUUACCUCUAUUGAUGUAAGCACCCAUGUAAGAAUAAUUGACAUGUUCUUGGUACUGACUCAUAAUUCAAAUAUUUGGUUUACCACUGUCCUCAACAUCUUCUACUUCCUGAAGAUCGCCAACUUCUCUAAUCCCCUUUUCCUCUGGAUGGAAAGGAGAAUUGACAGGAUGGUCUUUGUGGUUCUUAUGGGGCCCUUGAUUAUCUAUUUUUCAUUUGGCAUUCCAAUGAUAGAAAGAAUGUAUUAUUACUAUGGCAGUCACUUUAGUAUAGGAAAGGAGAGAAAUGUGUCUCAGGAGGUCCAAGUGAGUAAAAGUAUGUUUCUCACGUUCCAGGUUCUCUUUGGCCUUAGGAGUCUUAUUACUUUUACUCUGCCUACAAUCUCCUUCUCCCUAUUCAUUCUCUCCCCGUUGAAGCAUACCUGCCAAAUGCAAUGCAGUGCCACAGGUUCCAGAGACCCUAGCACAGAAGCCCAUGUUCAAGUCAUGAAAGCUACGUCUUCUUUCAUCAUCUUCUUUUUAUUGUACUAUGUGGGUUUCUAUGUCAACUACUUGACAGAAGAAAAGAGUAAGGUGGCUUCCAUGUUGGGUACGCCAAUCACGUUGCUCUUUCCGUUUGGUCACUCGGUGAUUUUGAUUCUGUGGAACAGUAAGUUGAGAAAGGCUGCUCUGAGGGUGUCACGGCUGAUGUGGUGCUGCCAGAAAGAAUGUCAUCUACAAGCCCUUUGGAUACCUCUAAGGAUCAUCUGGCAUUUUCUAGGGAGGAAGAAGUCACAUUGA